GCUCGACUCCAUCUUUUCCCGCCUACAACUCUGCCUGCCGUCCCAGCGCCCUCGCAGUAGGUCCGCCUCACGCACUUGCACCUGUUGUUCCAAGUGCUGUUCUCUCACCAUCCCGCCUCUCUUCAGCCUACACGCGCCGCCCGUCCCACGCGAUCAUACGCCCGCCACUUUCUCCGCGUACUGAAGCUUCCCGGUUGGCGGCAUUUUGGGCCACUUGUUCCCGACCUUGACGGGACUGCGCAUACGUUUGCCCUCGUGGGCCGAGGUGCAGUUGCCACCAUGAGCAUCGGCGGCAGCGACCUCGAUCGCGCCAUCACACAGCUUCGCGCAUGCCGACCCAUACCCGAAAACCAAGUUCGCGAACUCUGCUACAAAGCCCGCGAGCUUCUGAUAGAAGAGGGCAACGUGGUGGGGGUGGAUGCACCAGUGACGAUAUGUGGUGACAUACACGGCCAAUUCCACGAUUUGAUGGAACUAUUCAGAGUAGGCGGCGAUGUGCCGGACACAAACUAUCUUUUCAUGGGCGACUUCGUGGACAGAGGCUUCUAUUCACUAGAAUCAUUCCUCCUAUUGCUUUGCCUCAAAGUCCGCUACCCCGAUCGAAUCACCCUCAUCCGCGGAAACCACGAGUCGAGACAAAUCACAACCGUGUACGGCUUCUACGAUGAGUGCCUACGAAAAUACGGCAGCGCAAACGUCUGGCGGUACUGCUGCGAGGUCUUUGACUAUCUUGCAUUGGGAGCACUCGUCACUGGUGCUGCCACUACGCUCGAUCCGACCGACGGCCCCAUCGCGGACAACGUCAACUGUGAGCUGCCUGAUUCCGAGAUGGACAUCGAGAUUGAAACUCUGAACGCCAACGGCGAGAUCAUGUUCCGCUAUGCACGGAAUGGAGACUCACAAUCAAGUGCGGCAUCACAGGCCAACUCAAACCCAGCUUCUUCCUCUCCCAUAGGACCUACCCCGUCUCGGUCAGGCGCCGCAGGCACGGGUGCCACUUCUUCAGCCAACGGCUCAACGCGGAACGACACCGGCGCUAUUCUUUGCGUACACGGAGGUCUGUCGCCGUUGAUUGACUCCAUCGACAAGAUUAGAUUACUCGACCGGAAACAAGAAGUGCCACACGAGGGAGCCAUGUGCGAUCUACUAUGGUCAGAUCCUGAUGAGAUCGAUGGAUGGGGUUUAUCCCCUCGUGGUGCAGGCUUCCUUUUCGGCGCCGACAUCGUCAAAUGCUUCAACUACAAAAAUGACCUCAGCCUCAUCGCGCGUGCGCACCAGCUCGUCAUGGAAGGUUUUAAGGAGAUGUUCGACUCGACCAUCGUCACCGUCUGGUCCGCACCCAACUACUGCUACCGAUGUGGCAACGUCGCCGCCAUCCUCGAGCUGGGUGAAGACGGCUCCAAUGCAGGCUACCAACGGCGCAGCAACGGCGAUCGCGGUGGAGGCGGCGGCGGCUGGAUCCUAGGCUCCAACGCCGGGCCCAACGGCACGAACGAUGAGAAUCGCCGUCUUUCGUCUGUACUGGGGGAGAGCAUGCAGAAGCCGCGCGACGGGCCGGGCCGGCGGUACAGGGUGUUCGAAGCCGCGCCGCAGGACUCGCGCGGCAUGCCCGCGAAGAAGCCCGUCGCAGACUAUUUCCUCUAGGCGAAGGCGCGAGGCUGAAGGCGGAAUGGAUGUGCGCCGACUUUCGGAAGAGGCCCGUGGAAGUUCGCGUCGUGAACUGCAAGCUCACGGUAUACACGGCGUGGAAGGGCGCGGAGUACUUUUCGUAGAUGAGGAGUUGGCGGUGUUUGGUUAGGAUACCCGGAUAGUAUACUUUUUCAAUGGAUGCAAAGCAGCGUUCAAUGCAUGUCUAC